AUGUGGAAAUCUGCUGGAAAUGCUGAAAAUUUGGCUGUCAGGUUUUUCAAGCACAUUUUGAUGAAAUCAAGGAAUAAUCUGCGGGAAUUGAAAAUUUGGAAAGUGAGUUUCUUUUUUGUGAUAAAAACUCGGAGUUCACAAAAAUCAAAUCAAAUCAAGUUCCUCAGAAAAACCACAAGGAUUAAUGUAGUCUAGAAGAAUUCGGAAAGGUUUUUUAUUUUCCUAAUUCUUUUUUUUUUCAGCUCGAUUUUCACAUCAAAAAUAAAUCAAUCGAUAAUUUUCCGCUUCUUCAAACUUUGGAUAUUUCAACCAGUCAAAUUGAUCAACUAUAUUAUUUUCUUGCAAAAUCCGAGAACAUCAAAUAUUUGUAUUUGGAAUUAGGGGAAGUUAUUGGAAACGCAAAACAUGUUGGUUCUAUUUUUCUCCAAAAUUCGAAUAAUAUAAAUUUUGUAGACUUCAAAACUUGCUGAAGACUUCAAAUGGAUUUCACUUGAAAGAAUUCGAUUGAAAUCGAAUAAUUCAGAUGUGGCUAUGGAUAUUUUAUAUCGAUUGAACAACCAGAAAUAUAGGGAAAUUGAAGUCUUAAUUUUUGAUGAAAAAUUUGAAAAUGUGGAUCAGAAAUUGAUGGACAUUUUCAGGAAAACUUUUUAUUUGAGGACGAAUUUGAAAUUUACGAAUAGGCAGUUUAUUGAAUUGGAGAAAAUUGUAAAUUCUAUUGAAUUACUUUAA